AUGGCUCCGAGAAAUCGCUUGGAGUCGAGAGGCAGUCUCGCUGAAGACCAUGACGCAGCAAAUGCGUUUUUUCGCAAAAAUUAUUUGCGCUCGCGAAACAACAGAUACGCCCUCAGGCCGAGUCGCAUGCAGAACGGUCGUAGCCCCGCCGCGCAGCGGCGCGUCGGCCUCGACGGUCUGAACGAGGCUAGCCUGGCCAAAAUCGCACUGUUUUUGGGCCCGGGGGCGCAUGCCAUAUUGCCAUGCGUGUGUCGCUCGCUGUCCCAGGCCUUCGCCAGACCGUCGAUGUGUCGCCUCCUGUGCCAAUCCGUCUAUCAAGUCGAACUCGAUGACGAUAGAGACCGCGGCGAGAUGGACUGGCAUAGGGAGCACGCCUUUUUGAAUGGCACGUUCAGGCGCUGCGUCACGCUGAACGGGUUUUCGCGCGUGCUGUUGCCGGAGCGCGACGUCGGCCGGUGUGACGACUGGUUGAGACGGACUUGGUGCGCACAAAAGAAUGUUUGUGUGUGUUCGGUCUUGAACGUCGAUCGCUGUGUCUUGCAGGCGAGGUAUCCCCUGCAGCCCCUGGCUGUUGGGAACGGCAGAACCGGUUAUUACGAGGUCACCGUGGCGCGGUUUCGAGACGGGCGAGCUGCCUCGGAGGUCGUCGCGGGACUCUCUUACCCCGGCUGCGGCGCCCGCCCAGGACACUGCCGUGGCUCGUGGGCGAUUGAUGGGAACCUCUUGGUGCACGUGGAAAGCGUGAUUGGGAGCUUGUCAUUGCUCGGGCGAGUGGUCGAAGUCCGGGCGAACGAUACGCUUGGAAUUGGCGCUUGCUACGAUUUUCACGCGGACGAGUUGGGCAAGAGCUGCUUGUUUUUGACUCACAACGGCGUCCUCGUGUACGACGAACGUGUGCUACCGAGCAGACGUCGCGGACACCUCUAUCCAACUCUUUGCUUGCAGGGAGUCGAGGAGUUUUGGAGCAACUUUGGCAGCUCUCCUUUUGUGUUCGACUUGAUUUGGUAUCAGAGACGUCAUUUGGCAGGUGAUUCCUACUUUUCCUCUUACAAGUCGCUGGUUCCCCGCACGUACAACAUAGAUGCGAGCGUCCCAUUUUGGACUGUUGAGCAGAUCAUUGACGAGCUCCCCACAGCGCACUUGGCGCUCGAGGCGCGGGAAAAGCUGACGUCGCUCGGCCUCGUUUCCUCUGUUCGCGUGGGUGUGCUCGCAUCAAUAGUCCUGCAGCUUCGAGAUGCGCUGACUCGUGUUCAGGCGUUGUCGGCCGAGGAAAACGAGCAGCAGGCCGAGCUCGUAUUCGCCGCUCUGAGCGCCUAUUUCGGGGAACUAAUCACGAUACCGUACGAAGAGAGCCGAGAAGUCGACGCCAGAGGACUCGUUUGUGACCUGAGUUCUCUGGUGAAGCGUGUGAUUUGCAAAUGUAGCGAAUCGGCUGCUCUCAUUCAGGCACAAAAAGACGGCUGCGAUGUCGAAGAAAGCCUAGCCGACUUGCUUCGUCUAGUGAUUUCGCACUUCGAGACGCUUGCUCUGUUAGAAAUCGCAUCUCCUUUUCUAACCUAUCCGUCUAUCUUCGAGGAUACUGAGCACGCCCGGUGCGGAACCAUAGAGGGAUGGAUCAAACGCCUUUUUUUUCUCUCUGACCUCUUCUGCUCAACCGAACCUCUCUCUGACCCCAUCGACACCUCGUGGGCCGCCUUCCUCGUCUCUUCUUCUCUCUCUUAUGCCGAAUCGUGCGCCCCGCGUAAUGCCGGCGAAACCCCCAGCCAACCACCACACCUGUCUCCCCCACAACUCGCACGUGCCGACAUGUCCCGUCUGGCCUACAAUUUCGUACAACCCAUCUUCCUGAUGAACUGCCUGAUGGCGGCCGACAGGACUCUAGGCAGGCGCGUCCAACCGCUGGAACCUCCCUCUCUCGACCUGAGCGUGGCCCUGCUCUCGCACGAACUCUCGCUGAGCCUCGAAACCUCCUUGGACUGGAUUGUUAAGCAGUACGACAUCUACGGAUUUGCCUCGGACUCCAGUCUCAACUUCAUCCCAAAAACCUCGUCUCUCGCGAGGAAACGCGUGGAGUCCUACUUCAACUCGUGCAUACAAUCAAUCCUCAGCCGCUCGGACCGUGAACUCGUCAAGGCCCAAACGGACUCCGUCUUCCAACUCAUUCGACUCCUGAAAUCCCCAAACUUCUCCGGCGAUCCCGAGACGAACUACCUAAUCGAACACUUCGACCUCGCCGCGGCACCAACGACUCUAUCCGGCCAGCACAAGCUUGAACGGCUCGUCGAACUCAUCAGGCGCUCCCUGGACAGACACGUACUCUCUCGCCUAGACGAACAACCCUGGCUCUUCUCUCGUCCGGAUCUGCCCCCCAGGAAAAAAAAAGGGCCCUCAGUCUCUGACUUGAAACAAAAAAAAGACGAAUCACCAUCUCCAGUGCCCCAAGCCAAAUCCCCGACAACUCACCUCGGCCCUCUGGGCUCCUUCAUCGUCGGGGCCCUCGCGGGGAUCCUCGGCGCACUCGUGUUCGCUCGGCGCUUCAAAUCCGUCUAAUCAAGCCUCCCCCAAAAAAAUACUGGGAAAGUAGACCCUUGAACUAUUCUCUGAAAACAUAAAAUACGUGUUUCUAUGUGUAUAUUAUAUAUAAUAUCGUACUCUGUACACCAUGUCUCCCUCCGUGCACGCGAUGCGCUCGAGUGGGAGGCGCCCUCAACCGGC